CUGCUUGAGAGUGAAAAGAUUUGAAUAUUCUCGUAAGAAAUGAAAGUGACUUUGUUCUUUUUUUGCUCUCUCAUAAUCCCAACCGUCUGCUGAAUUCCUGAACUCGUCAUGAAUUCAUUAAAAUCUUUAACAUUGCUAUCGCUCGCCAUUGGGUUGGCUCAGGCACACAGUCAUAACAGCGGUGCCCAAAAACCAUUAGUAUCAUCAAGCGAUUAUACUUGCCAACAUCCAGCAUAUCAGAGCCAUAUAGUAUCCAAGUCGCCGUUGGUCAUAUAUCUAGCAAAUUUCAUCACAGCUGAAGAACAAGCGCAUCUCCAGGAGAUAACCAAAGACACUUUCUCCCACUCCGCUGUCGCUGAUGCAUCCGGCGCCCAAGGGCUAAGGCAGACGCGGACCUCGCAGUCGACUAACGUGCCGCGCGACGCCGUGGUCCGGUGCAUCGAGGAGCGGGCGCUGCUAUUCCAAGGCUUUGACGUGCCACGGACGCACCUCGAACCCCUGCAGCUGGUUAAGUACGGCCAGGGCGAACGGUACCAUUUUCACACGGAUUGGUACACGAACGCAGCACACGCGACCUCUGCGCUGGGCGGCAACCGGCUGAGCUCUUUCUUCGCGUACGUCGCCGCCUCGGAAGACAUCACGGGCGGCGGUACUAAUUUUCCUAUGGUGUCUGCGCCCCACGAUGAGCGCUGGUGCGAAUUCGUCGACUGCGAUGAGCCGUGGGAGAACGGAGUUACGUUCCGUCCUAUCGUUGGCAACGCCGUCUUCUGGCAGAACUUGCACGAAGAUGGUACGGGGGAUCAGGCGACGUUGCAUGCUGGUCUACCGGUUACUAGUGGCUCUAAGAUAGGGAUGAAUAUUUGGACGAGGCAAGGUCCAUUGAGCGAGGAUAUUCGAGGACCAGAUGUUUAGCGUAAAUCCGAGCAAAUUAUAGCGAAUGCUCUUCAAAUCUUAAGCACGACUUACACGUGCGAGGUGUUAAUUAUAUGGCUAUCUUACAGUAUAUAGUAUGUCUAUUGGCAUAAUGAAGCGGUAUAAAACCCCGGGCUCAUUACCUAGGUAUCCUUUGCGCUGGGCAGCACAUCAGAACCCUUUGGGCCUUAUUUGUCCGCGUCCCGUUUGC